AUGUCUCCUGACCUCCCCUGCAGUCAGGCCCAGACUGGAGUAUUAGGCUGGCUGUCUAAUGGGUUCGUCAGCACUCUGCCGCAGCCGUCUAACUCCCCUCGACUCAGCAGGGCCAAUGACUCCAGGGUGAGUACAGAAGAUGGAGAAAGGUCUGGAGUGAUCGGCUGGGUCGCUCAGGGUCUGACCAAGGUUCUGCCUCAGCCCGAUGACAAGUACAGAGAGACCAACAACGAGGAACACACUGAGAUCUAUGAUGUUGAAACAAUGCCAGAUUUCGAUCCCCUCCCACACAUCCCAGUGGUGGAGAUGGUGUCAGAUGACGAGGAAGCAGAAGCAGAAAGUCUGACCCCUCAGUUCCCUCCAAAUGUGGUGAAAUGGAUAAAGGAGAUCAUCCCUCAGCCAGUUAUACUGCCCCCUGGUGCUGUAGCCAUAGAACAAUCGACCAAGUCAUCCCGCUCCCGCUCCUCUCUGGACAAAAUUCUGUCUCCACCACCUGAAUCUCUCAGUGGAAUCUCACUCGAUACCGACAGCAAAGUGUCCAAUGUGGUCGGCUGGUUCAUGUCCGGUAUUGGCCUGAAGCUGCCUCAGCCUGCGAUUCCCCCCAAAGACGAUAUCCAGUGUGCAGCUGAAGUUCUACAGAAAGCUUCUUCCAAUCUCAAACCUGACAUGGUCCUAGAAGAUGUGGAGUCAGACAACGAGGGUCAGCACAGACCUGCUCCACCGUCCACAUCAAUGACUCCUGCAUCACCGACAACUCACCAACAGCAGGACGCCAUGCAGCAGACGCAGUGCAGUUCACAGCCCGCGGCCUCCAUGCCGUCCCAGAUGCACCCUGAUGCCAAUCCAGUGCCAGGAGGACUUUCAGAGAACAUGACGAAAAUAUCUCAGGAAGAUGCCGAGACUCAGACGGGUCGCUGGACGCCGUUUAUCGAGAGCAUCAAGAGGGAGGCUGAAGAUGUGGCCUUUGCUACCAUGGAGGAACGUCUGCUGAUGGAGCGCAUGGAGAUGACCCGUGUGGCUGAGGAGGUGGCCAGGCAGACGGCGGAGAUGGCCAUCAGACAGAUGGCCAGUGAGGGACAGUCCAUCAGGCUCUCGCUGGACAGUGCACAACUGCUGGAGGAGCCUGACGCAGAAGAGGAAGAGAGUCUUGCAGAGGACGAGGAAGAGCUAGAAGAGGCUGUGUUACCGACCUUAAUAGAACCAGAGCCAAAGGAGGACGCAGAGCCACAGCAGACGUCCCCCUCCCCACCUCCAAGUCCUGAACCAGUUAAGAUCCUUGAACCAGAGCCGAAUCCUGAACCUGAACCAGAACCUGAACCAGAACCUGAACCUGAACCAGAACCUGAACCUGAACCUGAACCAGAAGCAGUGACCAAGACCCAGGAGGCCAACUCUAACGCUCAGCCUGUGACACAGCAGCCACAGAAAGCAGAGCCAGACGGACAAGUCACUGACGCUGACAAACCUGCAGAAAAAGAGGAGGAAGAUGCCGGGGAUGACUGUGGUGUUCCAGUCAGCUGUGAUACAUUUAAGAGCUGCCUGAUGCGCAUCCCUCACACCUCCGAGUGCCUCGGCAAUAUCAACGCAUUCUUCAAAGAGAACGGCAUCUCCCCCCCGAAAAUACCCUCCAUGCCCAAGCUACCCACCCAGUUCUCUGAUGUGACCAAAAGCUCUCCCAGUUCCCCAGCCGGACGCAGCAGUACUUCAGCAACGUCCGGAACCGCCUCAACAGCCUUAUGCCUCAAGAUGCCUAAGAAACAACAACAGCAAAAACAGACGAAAGACAAGAACCAGCAAGACGUAGAACUUAACCGGCUCGCCCGACACUCCCCUCUCCCUCCUCCUCACCAUCCUCACCUCCGAUCCCGCUCCCCGUCUCCAUCAUCCCCCAAUGGUAGCACCCUCGAGUUGCCCAAUGUGCCAUCCUAUCCACGCCUGCCACCGAUUGUCAGCCCCCCGUCAAAGCAGCUCAACGCCACAUCCCGCCAGCUGUCUGGUCUGUCCAACCCGGCAUUCUUCAUCGAAGAGGACUCAGACAUUUCGCCAGUCAGACCCUCAGAGAGCUCCAGCCUCAGCCUACGUCCAGCCGUCAAUGUCGAGGAUGUGGACUCAGACCACGAGAAAAAAGGAGGAGAAGGAGGAGGAGAAGGGGAGGAACAGAGUGCUGUCCCUAAAAUACUCACCCCACAGGAUCCGAAACUUACAACCCUCACUGUCCCUGUGACCCCAUCUGGAGGUCGUCAGAGUAAAGGAGAUAAAGAUAGUGGAAGGAAUCACAGGACUAUCUGGACAAAGAUCAGGAAGCUUCACUCUCAAAGUGAAGAUGAUGAUGAUGAAGUAAACCUCCCAGUCAGAGCCUGGCCCAGCCAGUCCAGCCUGCACAGCACAGAGGAUGUUCUGCCAGAACGUCCGGCGUCCUCAGCCAGUCAGACCAGCACAGUGGUGAAUGAGCGUUUGCAGGAGCUGGUGCGGAUGUUUAAAGAGAGAACAGAGAAGGCCAAGGAGAAACUGAUUGACCCUGACAGCUCAGACGAAGACAGCAUCAUCCCCUCACCUCCUCAGCCUGCUCCUGCAGGGCAGCCGCUGGACAGGGGAGAGAAGGAGGCACAGGCAGGUCCAUCAGGAGCAGAAGCAGGAGGAAGAGUGGAGAGUGAGGCAGAGGAGGAGCGGACGAGGGGCUGCUGCAGUGGGAAAGCUCCUCGGUGCAUUCAUGCCUGUGUGCACUAUCGUUUCCCUGCCAGCAUCGACCCCUUCACCAACCAGAUGUAUGUGCUGUGGAUGUUCUUGGUUUCUCUUGCGUGGAACUGGAAUGCAUGGUUCAUCCCUGUGCGCUGGGCCUUCCCCUAUCAGACUCCGGACAAUAUUUACUACUGGCUGCUGACCGACUACCUGUGUGACCUCAUCUACAUCCUGGACAUCACCAUCUUCCAGCCACGCCUGCAGUUUGUUCGCGGAGGGGACAUCGUGAGCGACAAAAAAGACAUGAGAAAGAAUUACAUGAAAACCAAACGCUUCAAGUUUGAUGUUGCCAGCCUCGUUCCCCUGGAGCUCUUCUAUUUCAAGACUGGCAUCAACCCCCUGCUCCGUUUACCACGGCUGCUGAAGAUCAACUCCUUCUUCGAGUUCAAUGAGCGUCUGGAGGCCAUCUUGACUAAAGCCUACAUAUACAGGGUGAUCCGUACCACCACAUAUCUUCUGUAUUGUCUCCACUGUAACGCCUGUCUCUACUACUGGUGCUCUGCCUUUACAGGACUGGGUUCCACUAAGUGGGUGUACAAUGGAAAGGGCAACAGUUACAUUCGCUGUUACUACUUUGCGGUGAAGACCCUGAUCACCAUCGGAGGUCUACCAGACCCCACCACCCUGUUUGAGAUCGUCUUUCAACUUAUCAACUACUUUGUUGGAGUCUUUGCCUUCUCUAUCAUGAUAGGACAGAUGCGUGAUGUGGUUGGUGCAGCCACAGCGGGUCAGACCUACUACCGCACAUGUAUGGACAACACUAUUAAAUACAUGUCGUCAUACCGCAUCCCUAAAGACGUCCAGAACCGCGUGAAGACGUGGUACAACUACACCUGGCAAUCUCAAGGCAUGCUGGACGAGCAGGAGCUGCUGACUCAGCUGCCAGAUAAAAUGCGUCUGGACAUUGCUAUUGACGUCAACUACUCCAUCGUGAGCAAAGUCCCACUGUUCCAGGGUUGUGACAGACAGAUGAUCUUUGAUAUGCUGAAAAGCCUUCGCUCUGUCGUCUACCUGCCGGGAGACUACGUCUGCAAAAAGGGGGAGGUGGGGCGGGAGAUGUACAUCAUUAAAGCGGGGGAGGUGCAGGUGGUUGGGGGACCUGAUGGGAAGACGGUGUUCGUCACUCUCAGAGCAGGAUCAGUGUUUGGAGAGAUCAGUUUGCUUUCAGUAGGCGGGGGAAAUAGGCGCACAGCCAAUGUGAUUGCUCAUGGUUUUGCCAAUCUCUUCAUCCUGGACAAGAAAGACCUGAACGAGAUCCUGGUCCACUACCCCGAGUCCAAGAAACUGCUCCGCAAGAAGGCCAGGAAGAUGCUGACCAAGGGAAAGAAACCUGAGCCCAAAGAAGAGGCUAAGGAAGCACCUCAGGCUCCGGUAGCUGCCGUCAGGCCGGAGACUCCCAAACUGCUGAGAGCCGCCCUGGAGAUGACAGAGAAGUCGUCUGGACUGAAAGGAGCUCUGGCUGAAGUCAAAGAGAGGACCAAGUCCUUUAUAUCAUUACAGCCUCCUCUGUCUCCCACCUCCAGCUCUGGACCCGACAGAGACGGGGACACACCCUCACCAAUCUUUGCCAGCUCAGCGACACCUCGCUCUGCUUCCCGCUGCCAUAGCAACGUCUCCUUGGGGCCUCACUCUGCAUCACAGUGCCACAGCCACCCUGACGAAACACUCGCCAUGGACCAAAGCGAGGAGGACGUCUGUGAGGACGAAGGGAACGAGGCUGAAAAGAGGAAAGGGUGUAGGAGUUAGGAAGGAUGGGGAGAGAGGUGAGGAAGGUGGCAGCAAAGAAAAAUAAAGGUGGGUGCAAGAAGAAGGAGGAAAUUGGAGGAAUUAACAGAGAUAAAGAAACUGCUUUUAAAGGGAAAAUAGAGGAAUAAACAAUGCUGAGUGUGAAAGACAGAAGAGGUGAAGUAAAUGAAGAUGUACAUAAACUAUAAUGUCUUAUUCUCAGACGCAUCUGUUUAAGUCAUUGCGAAAAGUCAAAGUCCUUUUUCACUCAUGAUGCACUUAAUCCCUUUUACA